AUGUUAUUACUUACGUUUUUCUUUCUUUUUGCUGUUUCUUUUUUAUUCGUUGGUUUUUACUUUGUUUCUUUCUUUGCCGUUUUUUUUUUUGAAAUUGCUUUUUACUAUUUUCUAUUUACACUUGGCUUUCUUUCUUUCUUUCUUUCUUUCUUUCUUUCUUUCUUUCUUUUCUUUCUUUCUUUCUACUCCCUGAAAAUUCUUUUCUUAUUUCUUUCUUUUUUCCUGUUUUUCUCCCUGAUAUCCACCACUACCUUUGUUUAUUCAAUGGAUUUUCUUUUCUUUCUCACCUCGUUUUCAUAUGAGCUUUUCUUUCAUUUGUUGUCCAUUUUAUUCAUCACUUUUAGUUGUUCGUUUAAUUCUGUCUGGUCUUUCUUUCUCAAUUAUUUAAAUGUAACAUUAAUUUUUAUCUUUCUUUGCUUUUUUUCAAUUUUCUGUUUACCCUUGACUUUUCUCUCUUUCUUUCUUUCUUUCUUUCUUUUAAUUGUGUCUUCUGUUUGUCCUUUAAUUAAUUGUUUCAUUCUUCUUAUUUCCCUCCUUCUUUCUUUCUUUCUUUCUUUCUAUUUACUCUCGGCUUUCUUUCUUUCUUUCUUUCUUUCUUUCUUUCUUUCUUUCUUUCUUUCUUUCUUUUUCUUUCUUUCUUUCUUUGCUUUUUUCUAUUUUCUAUUUACCCUUGGGUUUCGUUCGUUUUCUUUCUUUCUUUCUUUGCUAAUAUCCAUUUUCUAUUUACCCUCGGUUUUCUUUCUUUCUUUCUUUCUUUCUUUCUUUCUUUCUUUCUUUCUUUCUUUCUUUCUUUCUUUCUUUCAGCUAUUUUCUAUUUAUCCUUGGCUUUCUUUCGUUUUUUUCUUUUCUUUCUUUCUUUCUUUCUUUCUUUCUUUCUUUCUUUCCUUAUUUCUUUCUUUCUUUGCUUAUAUCUAUUUUUAUUUACCCUCGGCCUUCUUUCUUUCUUUCUUUCUUUCUAUUUUCUAUUUACUCUCGGGUUUCUUUCUUUCUUUCUUUCUUUCUUUCUUUCUUUCUUUCUUUCUUUCUUUUCUAUUUACUCUCGGCUUUCUUUCUUUGCUUAUAUCCAUUUUCUAUUUACCCUCGGCUUUCUUUCUUUCUUUUUUUCUUUCCUUUAACUAUUUUCUAUUUAUCCUUGGCUUUCUUUCUUUUUUCUUUCUUUCUUUCUUUCUUUCUUUCUUUCUUUCUUUCUUUCUUUGCUUAUAUCCAUUUUUUAUUUACCCUCGGCUUUCUUUCUUUCUAUUUUCUAUUUACUCUCGACUUUCUUUCUUUCUUUCUUUCUUUCUUUCUUUCUUUCUUUCUUUCUUUCUUUCUAUUUACUUUCGGCUUUCUGUCUUUCUUUCUAUUUUCUAUUAA